AUGCCCCUUUUUACACGUCAGACAAACCAUGGUAUUGUUCUUCUCCUUCUUUAUGUUGAUGAUAUGAUUAUUACUAGUAAUGAUCCACAGGCCAUAUCGGAUCUACAACAAUAUCUUGGUCAACAUUUUGAGAUGAAAGACCUUGGAUCUCUCAGUUACUUUCUCGAUCUUGAAGUCUCUCACCGUUCAGAUGGUUAUCUGUUAUCUCAAGCGAAAUAUGCAUCUGAUCUGAUAGCUCGCUCAGGAAUUACAGACUCCAACACAUCUUCAACACCGUUAGAUCCCCAUGUCCAUCUAACUCUGUUUGAUGGUGUUCCUCUAGACGAUGCAAGCUUGUAUCGGCAACUUGUUGGCAGUCUUAUAUACCUAACAGUGACUCGCCCAGAUAUUGCAUACAUUGUUCAUAUUGUCAGUCAAUUUAUGGCUGCUCCUCGAACAGUUCAUUUCACUGUUGUUCUACGCAUACUUCGAUAUGUCAAAGAAACCUUAUUAGGACAUGGUCUCCAGUUCUCCUCUCAGUCUUCCCUUGUGUUAUCCGGAUAUUCUGAUGCUGAUUGGACUGGGGAUCCUACUGAUCGACAAUCCACCACAGGAUACUGUUUUUACUUAGGUGAUUCUCUCAUCUCAUGGCGUAGUAAGAAACAAAGUGUUAUCUCUCGAUCAAGUACGAAAUCUGAAUACCGUGCUCUGGCUGAUGCUACAGCUGAACUUAUAUGGCUCCGGUGGCUCCUUGCUGAUAUGAGUGUCCCUCAACAGGGUCCUACCCUCCUUCAUUGUGACAAUCGUAGUGUCAUUCAGAUUGCUCACAAUGAUGUGUUUCAUGAACGUACUAAACACAUUAAAAAUGAUUGUCACUUCGUUCGACACCACCUCUUAAGCAACACCCUCCUCUUACGUUCUGUUUCUACUAUUGAACAACUUACGGAUAUCUUCACCAAAGCCUUGCCAUCUAAUCGGUUCUGUCAAUUACUUACCAAACUCAAGUUGAUUGCCACUCUACCACCUUGA